AUGUCGGCCACCGCAGGACACCCCGAUCCCAAUGUCAGGCCAACACGUGUAAUUUCCAUAGCCGGCCUGAACGUGCUGGUGUUUGCGUGUAACAGGGAUGCCUAUGUGCAGGACGUGUCCGAGUUCGAGGUGGCACCUCACCGAGACUCCGAAGUGCCAGAAAUCCUCACCGAGGCUCGCCUUCCCUCUGGUGUGUUCGAACGCAAUGUGCAUGAAUCAUUGGAGGAGCGCGAUAAUGAAGAAAGCAAGGUGGGUGUCCCUGAGAGCGAGACCGAUGUCGGAGAGAGCGAGGUGGUGGGUGAUGGAGAGAAGCACAAAGACGUCAGCGAGAGCGAUGCCGACGUUGGAGAAAGCGGGAUCGACGGGUUAGACUGCGAGGAAGGAUACCAAGCCGACGUCGAUGCAAGAACCCCCAGUGAAUCCGGCCCACCCCCUUCAGACUCGGCGCAGACCACGUCCGAUCCUCCAACCGAAUCCUCCGGCUGGAAGCUGGUCAAGGCAAAAAAUAAUCACAACGUCCCCGUACUCGGCGUCCGCCCGUCCUCCUUCCCCGCCAAAGUCGAGUUCCCGUACGCCACCUGCGCCUGGCACAACUGCAAACGCAUCAUCUACGUCGCGCGCCCCGCGAACCUCACCGCGCACUUGCACGCGACGCACGGCAUGUCCUUCGCGCCGGUCCUUGGACACCAGCAACACGAGCACGCGCGCUGCAGAUGGCCCGCCUGCCGGCAGACCGCGAAGCUCGGGAACCUCCUCCGGCACGUCUGGGCGCACGCGCACGGGCCCCUGCCUUGCGCAGUGUGUGGCGGGCCGUUCAGCCGGGGGGAUUCUCUGGACAGGCAUAUGAAGCAGAUGCACCCCGAGGAGUUCGCGGCGCUGCAAACAGCGAAGAAGCGGACGCGGGGGACACACUCGCUGGAGUGGGAGUGGGUGGUACCUGUUGUAAGGGAGGAUCCCGAGAGCUCCGAGGCCCCCUCGGAGGCGGAUUCGGAAUGA